UGGUAGGCGGUAGCUGACAGGCUAAGUGGUGUGUGAAUCAAACUGCUGACUGCAAUCGCAUACACUUUAGCGUCUGAAAUCGUGGAGUGAGCAGUUGUUUUGGUACUGUGAAGGCGCAGAAAAGGGUGAUGAAAAAAGAAGACGCCACUUUUGGCUGAGACCGGUGGGUGGACCGGUUCUGAACCAGCAUUCUGCGAUUGGUGUAAAAACGGCUUUUCUCUCGCACAUGGUGGUGAAUCAUCAUGAAUGGGAAACGACACGAUGCACGUCUCUUCCACAGGGCCAUAGCUCAGAGUGGAACUGCCAUCUCCAGUUGGUCCGUCAACUACCAGCCACUCAAGUACACCAAGAUCCUUGCCCGGAAGGUGGGCUGCACCUACUCAGAGACGGCCGACCUGGUGGACUGCUUGAGACGCAAAAACUUCAGGGAGCUAGUAGACCAGGACAUCCAACCAGCUCGCUACCACAUUGCCUUUGGUCCUGUAGUUGAUGGUGAUGUGGUGCCAGAUGAUCCUGAGAUCCUCAUGCAGCAGGGGGAGUUCCUCAACUAUGACAUCCUUAUAGGAGUGAACCAAGGAGAGGGGCUGAAGUUCGUGGAUGACAGUGAAGACAAUGACGGCAUCUCAGCAGCCGCCUUCGACUACACCAUCUCUAACUUUGUAGAUAAUCUCUAUGGAUACCCUGAAGGUUCCUUGUCGACUAGUGGCAAAUAUGUUCUGUAUUCGAUUGUUCACGCUUUCUUCUGCGGUGCGAGUGAAGCGUGGCCCGUAAAAACAAAAAAAAGGACAAGACAACCAACGAAGAGUGAAUAAAGAAACGCCCCAUUACGUGGGCACAACAUGGAGCCUGGCCAGUGGUAGCAGGCAUAGCUCCACCCCGAUAAGGGUAGUGUGGCCGAUCAGGCUUCAAAUCUUUGUUUAUAUAGUCAGACUUUCUGUAUAUAUAUAUUUAUGGAUUCAUUUCCUGAAUGACAUGCCAUAUUAUAUAUAUGUAUGUGUGUGUGUGUGUGUGUGUGUGUGUGUAAACAUUGUAAUCAGACUUGUAAUCUUUACAUACCGUUUCUAUUGCUUUUGUGCACGCUUUACAUUUGUUAACAAUUGGGUCGAGCCCUCAUUACAAUCUUACUAACUUUCAGACUGUCCAGGGAGUGGUCUUGUAAUCAUAAUAUUUAAGUUCAAAUACCAAGGCAGUAAUAUAACCAACAACAUUCAUGAG